GCGCCACUCAUGCUUUCGCAGAUUGCCCAGCCCGCACUCCGUGCCACCCCUUGCACCCUAAUCCCCUCUCUUCUCACCAGAAUACCUCAUUCGUGUUCGCGGGUUUGAUAUGCGCCUUGUGAUUGUGACGGCCCUCGCGGCAGCCAAGGGCGGAUCUAGCGACAUUCCCGGCUUUGCGCAGGAGGCGAGUGGAAUACGUGAGCAAGGCGAUGACGGCUUGGGAUGACAGAUGACAGCACGGAGGUGGUGUAGCAUUUGCUGACGCCUCCUGCGCACAUCCGCACUGCACCCACCGCAAACACCGCACUCGUCGCACUCGUCGCACUACUUCAUCCACCCACCGCUUCGAGCCUCGAUAAUGGCGACGCCGCGAGUCACGGCAAGGCCGCCAUCGCCGUUCGUGGCGGCGGGCAAGGGCGGCGGGUGCUGCAAGUGGCACGUGGCGCGCGUGUACGCGCUGAUGGUCCUCGUCAGCCUCCUCGCGCUGCUGCUCUUCCUCCUCGUGCCCUGGGCCGCGUCGCACGGCGCCACCCUUGCGACCGCGGGCGGCGCUGUCGCCGUCGCAGAGGCGGGAAGCGGGGAUCGUGUGCGAGGGAGAGGCAGGGGUCCGCAGCGUGACGGGGAUUCGAUGACUUUCGGGGGGAAUGGGGGAAUUGCGGAGAGCGCAAUGCGGAUGGGCGGAGCGCAGGCGGACGUGAUUCAGGAGAAGGCAGCAGCCGUGGCAGACGCGGCUGACGCUGCAGCGAGUAACGAAGCUGCUGUUGAGGUGGAUGUGGGAUUGGGGGGGGAAGCAGGGGAGGUUGAAGAGAGGGAAGAGGAGGCGGAGAGAGCGGCAGAGGGGGGAAAGGCGGAGGGAAGGGGGGAAGAAGCGGAGGGAGGGGAGGCGCCGAUGCCCCUGCGAGUGUACAUGCUGCCACUGACAGGCGACCUCAACUUCCACGUGCUGCUGCAACGGUGGCGCUUCGCCAGCCGCGUGCCGCUGAGGGCGCGGCACGGCAUGCCGGGGGACUGGCAGUUCAAAGGCAACUCGCUGCGCCCGCGGGGGGAGGGCGACGUGGUGGGGGGGAUGGUGCAGGACGAUGGGUGGGUGGAGGGGGAGGGAGAGGGGGCGGGGGAGGGCGGAGUGGCGGUGCAGGUGCCUGCGUUCGCGGAGGGGCAUGGCGUGCACAUCGAGCAGUACGCCGCGGAGUACUGGCUCACGCUCUCCCUGCUGGCGGGCGGGCUGCCCUCGCUGCAGCGCGUGCGGCGCGCCGAGGACGCCCACAUCAUCUUCGUGCCCGCCUUCUCGUCCGCCUUAUAUGCCACACAGAUGAAGACCAACGAGAAGCGGCGGCGGGCGGGCGACACGAGAAUACCAGAGGAGCAGCACCUGCUGGCUGUGAUCACACAGCAUGCGCUGUGGGGGGACGAGGGCGAGCAGGCAAGAGGGGCCGGCGAGGGGCCUCAGGAGGAGCAGGAGGAGGGCGAGCUGCUGGAGAAGGGGGAGGUGGCGACUGGGGCGGGUUCAGCUGGUGGUGCAGGGGAGGUGGGUGGAAGUAGACGGCUGCUGAGGGCGCUGAAAGGGGGGAGGAGGGGGAAGGGGGCAGAAGAGGGGGAGGGUCGGCAGGGGCCCGAUGGUAGCGCAGAGCGGGCAGAGGGCAGUGCAGCCGUGUCGUCGCGGCGGCGGGACUUGCUCAUUCCAGCGGUGCACCCGCAUGCGCUGUCCACAGUGCGGCACUGGCUGGCGGCGGCGCACCUGCUGAUGGCGGAUUUCAGCCAGCCGGCGGAGCAGGUGGCGCAUCUGAACAAGGACGUCAUCGUGCCGUACUCCGCGCUCAUUCCCGCCUUCACCAACGACUCGCUGCUGGGGGAGGCAGAGGGGGGAAAGGGGGGUGCGGGAGGGGCAGAGGCAGUGGCAGCAUGGGCGGCUGGUCGGCCCACGCUCGUUUUCUUCAGAGGCACACUCAACAGACAGCAGGGUGGGCGCAUCCGCGUGGAGCUGGCGCGGCUGCUGAGCAACGUGAGCGGGGCGGACAUUGCAGAGGGGUCGCCGCUGCAGGGAGGGGUGCAGGCCGCCAUGGCGGGCAUGCGCGCCUCCAAGUUCUGCCUCGUGCCUGAAGGUGACACGGCAUCCACGUGCCGGCUGUUUGACGCCAUUCUGUCGCACUGCAUCCCGCUGGUGGUGUCGGACUCGCUCGACCUGCCGUUUGAGGAGGCCCUGGACUACACGCGCUUCGCCCUCUUCCUGCCGCAGGCCCUCGCCCUGCGCCCCGGAUAUGUCGAGGCCUUCCUGCGCAACGUGUCGCACGAAUCAGCUUUCACCAUGUGGCAGCGGCUCAGAGAGGUGGCGCAACAUUUUGUCUACUCUUCACCGCCCAAGCCCGGAGGGGCGGAGGACAUGAUAUGGCAAGCUGUAGCGCGCCGGUGGGCAGGGGACCACUAUGGGCGGCGCUACAACCGGGAGAACCAACGGAGGCGGAGGAGGGUGAUGGAGCAGCUGCUGGAGAGGGAAGGGCUGAGCGCUGCUGACAUUGUAGUCAGACCUCGGGCGCUGCCUCUCUUCUAGCAUGGCUAGGUCCUCCGCCUUGUUGCUACUGCCUUCAUUGUAACAUCAUUCGAAAGCAAAUAGAAGUCUGGUUGUUCA